CCCAAAGUAAAAGCGGACCAAGAGAGAGAGCCAAUGGCGGGAAAGGGAAACAACUAAACCUAAAAAAGUAGUAUUAGAAAAUCUCAUAAAAAUAGAAGAAUCAGAGAUGGAGAGCGAGAAUCAGAAAGUGAUAUCGGAGGCGGAGGAGCUGCCGAGAACGAUAGUGCGGCGCGUGGUGAAGGAAAAGCUGUCCCAUGACGGCGAUGACAUGUCCGUUCACAAGGACGCCCUCCUUGCUUUCUCCGAAAGCGCUCGCAUCUUCAUCCACUACCUCUCUGCCACUGCCAAUGACAUAUGUAAGGAAUCGAAGAGGCAGACUAUCAAUGCUGAUGAUGUCCUCACUGCUCUUCAAGAAAUUGAGUUUUCCCACUUUCUCGGUCCUCUUAAAGCCUCACUUCAUGAGUUUAGGCAGAAAAACGCAGGAAAGAAGGCUGGAGCGGCAAAGGAAAAAGAAGAGAAAAAGAAAAGGAAAUUGGAAGAGCUAUCACAUGAUAGUGGAGGUGGUGAAAAGGUAGAAAAUGAAGAUGACCAGGAUGGCACUGGUCAUGCCUGAGUGAAAACAUUGAUUUUUCUUGUUACUAGUUGAUUUGUCAGAGGCAAAGAUAAAUUGUACUUUAAUCUUUUUAGUUAAUACUUAAUAGUUGUAGUAGGAAGACUGUAUUGAACCAUUUCUCUCUCUUUCUUUUAGCUGAAUUGUAUCGAACUAUUUCAUUUAGCUUCGUUAAUAUCUUAAAGUGCUUUCAUGUUAGACUUCAAGUGGACAUAUCCUCCUUUCAAAAAAUAAUGGACAUAUCAAAGUUCAGCUAUUGAACGUGAAUUUUUCCA